UCGACUGGAGUUUCCACGACAGCUGGAAGCUGUGUGAUCCGGGCGCUCGUCAUUUUUGUUGCCUAUUUUUCUGUUCAUAUUUCAGUACAAACUAGUAGGUUUGAGGAAUAUGGGAGACAAGAAGAGCCCGACAAGGCCGAAGAGGCAGCCCAAGCCUUCCUCUGACGAAGGAUACUGGGACUGUAGCGUUUGUACAUUCAGGAACAGCGCAGAGGCUUUUAAGUGCAUGAUGUGUGAUGUCAGGAAGGGCACAUCAACACGGCGGCCAGCACUCCGUAUAGAGAAAAUUGAAGAUUCAAGAAGGCGAGGCGUCCCAUCACUACGAGGGGGGAAACCCCGUCCAGUUUCCCAGUUGGUUGCACAGCAAGUAACCCAGCAGUUUGCUUCUCCCACACAACCAAAGAAAGAGAAAAAAGACAAAGCAGAAAAGGAAAAAAAUGAAAAGGAAACUACAGUCAAAAAGAACAGUCACAAGAAAACAAGGCCAAGAUUAAAAAAUGUGGAUAGGAGCAGUGCACAACAUUUGGAAGUCACAGUAGGAGACCUGACUGUUAUUAUCACAGACUUUAAGGAGAAAACAAAGUCCACGCCUACUUCCAGUGCGACAUCUGCUGAUCAGCACAGUCAAAGUGGCUCCAGUUCUGACAACACAGAAAGAGGAAUGUCAAGGUCGUCUUCACCUCGGGGAGAAGGAUCUUUAGUCAAUGGAGAGUCCCACUAAACUGCAUAUCAGUUUGGAACGGGCAAACAUCUUAAGCCAAGAUAUACCACAAGUCAAAAUUUCAGCCCAGAAUACACCACACAUUCAUGACAUGCAGGCAAUGUUGGUGCACAUUGAAUAAGUCUUCUGGAAUGUUUCACACACCGGUGACUUUUACAAUUCUCAAAUAAAAUGCCAAUUUUGAGUGCACUUGAAAAGUUAAUAAAUAACACUAUGUAACAUAAUUUUUGUUCCUGGAUAGUAAGUGUUAUUUCCUAAUUGCUUAUGCCUC